UCUUGUUUAUAACUAGCUAGCUAGCUUGUCAGUCAACUCUAAUUCAUUCAAUUCAAGUACCCAACGCAACCCAACCCAACACAGCUUCCUCUUCACGAUCAUUGCAAUAUUUAAAUAAACCCUCCUCUUUUGCUUGCUUGUGUCACUUGCAAAAUUCAGAGACAUAUAACAGAAACAAAGAAAGACUUUUAACUAAGAAAAGUAGCAGCAUCAGCAUGAGCAUGAGUGACUCGUCGUCGUCCGUGGCAAGUGAUAAACUGGGUGAGUCCCCAGCCGUUGAGUUUACAGGGAAGAUUAUGAUGGGGGCUAUAAUAGUUUUAUUCAUGGUUGUCGUGUGUUUUCUGUUCAAGCAUCUCUAUGACAAAGGCUUCUGGUGGCGCCCUGGAGGAGACAUCACCACUGCUCCUCAAUCCGAACCCCGCCGCCCUAGAACUGGCCUUGAUCCUUCUGUCCUCAGGUCUCUACCUGUAGUGGUAUUCCAAUCCCAAGACUUCAAGGAUGGUUUAGAAUGUGCAGUUUGCCUCUCCGAGCUUGAUGAAGGAGAAAAGGCCAGGCUUUUACCUAAAUGCAAUCAUGGCUUUCACGUUGAUUGCAUUGAUAUGUGGUUCCAAUCCCAUUCUACUUGCCCUCUUUGCAGGACUUCAGUAGCCUCUCAUGACUCUGACAACAACCUCCAAUCAUCAUCAUCAGAUUCUUCCUCAACUUUCCCCACAAAUGUGUUGAUUUGGGGCAACGACACCCAAAUAAGUAGUACUACUACACCAACUUCUUCUUUGGAAGGAAGCACUUCUCAGCCUCCUCAGGCUCAGCUACCUUGCUCCUCAUCCUCCUCUUCCCAUACAAGCUGUAACUGUAGUAAUGGAAAUGGAGAGUUAGUGAUUGAUAUACCAAGUCAGAUCACUUCAUCCUCUUUAUCACCUUCUGCAAGCACCUUUGCGGAAGAUGAGCUGAAAUCGCCCAUUAUAGGGAGGUUGAGAUCGUUGAAGAGACUAUUAAGCUGGGACACAAGGCUAAAUCCUUUGACCCCGCGUUCUGCUUCUUCAGAUGUCGAACAAGCAGGGGGAAGACAGAGCUAGCUAGGGGAUUUGCCUCUGCAAUUCGUUAUUUUUUUAUUUAUUUAAUGCCUCGUUCUGGCAGCAACUUCUGAUUGAACCAAUGAAGUGGUCAAUUCUUCUUGUAUGUAUAAAUAGAGUCUUACAAUACAUGUGCAGAUAAUGUCUACGGAGAACAAUUGCUUAAAGUUUUUUUUAUUGUAUAAAACAUAGGUUCUGUUAUAGUAAUAGAGAACAUUAAGUUUUUUUAUGUGGAAAACCCAUUCUCUCUAAUUGAAGAUGAAUUUCAUUGUAUUGUUUCAA